AUGUCCUGGUCGAGCCAUGCCCCGGUCAUCAUCACAAUUGCCUCACCUACACCCUUCCAAAAACACUGGAACUGGAGACUCAACGAAUCACUGAUAGAGGACCCUCUGAUGCAAAAGGAGGUGAAAACUCACAUAGAUCAGUUCUUCCAAAUGAACAGCACACCGGACACCGCCCCAGACAAGAUCUGGGAGGCACACAAAUGUGUAAUCCUGACAAGACAUGGUGCAAAGCGCAAAAGACAACGCACACAGGAAACAGCAGAACUCUCACGGAAGGUAGCGGACCUAGAGAAACAACACAAGUCCACACUGAACGACGACACAUACUCGCAAUUAGACGCUGCCAAGGCGGAACUGAACUCCCACCUCUCCUAA